GGUGCUGCCAGAGUGUACGAAAUUUUCAUCAACAGUUCAACAUCAAGAGAAGCUAAAUAAUUUACCAAACCGUAUCAUAUGCGUGCAUUCCACGCCACCCUGCGUGAGUUGCGUCUCCGAGGAAACAGUUAGAAUAACGCUUUGUCGCACUGUAGGUGAUCCAAUUGCGGACAAUCUCUGGGUGUGCGUGGGUGCUGAAGUUGGGUUUUGGGAAAAAACACAGUUAAUCACAGUGCAUUAGUGAUAAACAGCUGCUUGCCCCGUAUACUUCGGCGGUCGUUGGCCACUUGCUCGCGCAGCAAGAGGCAGUAUAAUGGCAGACGUGAAAUUAUCGCUGCUGGUGUCAGCAAUUGUGCUAAACCUUUGCUUCUCGGUGCUGUCGGUGUACGGUUUUACGGUGCAAAAUGUGAAUCCGGUCGGUUCCCACGAGCUGGAUGAAAGCUUUCUCCAGCAGCCCCAUUACCGUGGCAACAACGAGCUGCUCGAUAUGUUGGCGCACCUGCAGAAGGACUACCCGGAGCUGGCGAGAGUGCACACGAUUGGCCAGUCGCUGGAGGGUUUUCCCCUGUCCGUGCUGGAGAUACGCCCGAAUGUGAACCGCCCGCGUCCAUUGCUGAUGCCCAUGUUUAAGUACGUUGGUAAUAUGCACGGCGACGAAACGGUGGGCCGAGAGCUACUGCUGUACCUGGCACAGUACCUGCUAGCAAACUACGGUCGGGACGAGGAAGUCAGCGCCCUUGUGAACGAAACAGCCAUCUAUCUGAUGCCAACAAUGAAUCCCGACGGAUAUAAUCGAUCCAAGGAAGGUGUCUGUGAAUCGCCACCGGAUUAUGUUGGACGGUACAAUGCGGCAAAUGUUGAUCUGAACCGAGAUUUUCCGGACCGCUUCGAUGAUGACCGUACGCGCCAUCAGCGCAUGAAGCGUCGUCAGCCGGAAACGGUGGCUGUUAUGAACUGGAUCCUUAACAAUCCGUUUGUCCUGUCGGCGAACCUUCAUGGCGGUGCAGUCGUUGCUAGUUAUCCGUACGACAAUUCCAUCCAUCAUCAUGACUGCUGCGAAGAGAGUCGCACCCCGGACAACAAGUUUUUCAAGUAUGCUGCUCUGACGUACGCGGAAAACCACCCAGUAAUGCGCCAGGGACGCGACUGUAAUGAAACAUUCCAGAGCGGCAUCACUAAUGGUGCAUACUGGUACGAGCUGAGCGGUGGCAUGCAGGACUUCAACUACGUGUACAGCAACUGUUUCGAAGUGACGCUGGAGUUGAGCUGCUGCAAGUUUCCGUAUGCGAGAGAACUGCCCAAGGAGUGGAACAAAAACAAGCGCAGUCUGAUCGAGUACAUGAAGCUGGUUCACGUUGGUGUAAAGGGACUCGUCACGGACAGUGCCGGUUAUCCGAUCAAGGAUGCGGACGUGAUCGUCAGUGGAAUCGAUCGGAAUGUACGCACCGGCGAGAGAGGCGAAUAUUGGCGCCUUUUGGUACCGGGUCAGUACAAUGUUCGUGUGGAAGCAGUUGGCUACUACCCGAGCGACCCAGUAACUGUGCAGGUUAAGGCUGAUCAACCGCUGCAGGUGAACUUCAGUCUGAAGAGCUACGACACACAAGAAGCUCCUUCCAAGUCGGAACAGGUGCGAGUUGUUCGUGAAACUUUCGACGAGUACGGAUUUGCUAAAACGCCCGCGUUUGUUCACCACAAUUAUACCACUAUGGUGCGGUACAUUCAAGAUCUCGCCAGUAACUAUCCUUCGAUUACGCAUCUCUACUCGAUCGGCAAGUCGGUACAGAACCGUGAUCUAUGGGUAAUGGAAAUUACCGAAUCUCCCGGACAGCACGUACCCGGCAAGCCGGAAGUUAAGUACAUUGCCAACAUGCACGGUAACGAGGUGGUCGGCCGGGAACUGUUGCUAUUGUUUGCGAAGUAUCUCUGCGAAAACUUUAACCGUACGCAGCGCAUUACGAAGCUGAUGAAUCAGACGCGAUUGCAUCUGCUGUUCAGCAUGAAUCCGGAUGGGUACGAACUGUCCGAUAGUAGUGAUAAGGAAAGUCUGCGUGGACGGUCGAACGCGAACAAUGUCGAUCUGAACCGCAACUUCCCGGAUCAGUUCGGGCGUAAUCAGUACAACACUCACCAAGAGCCGGAAACGAUGGCCGUCAUGAACUGGUCGCUGUCAACACCGUUCGUCCUGUCGGCCAAUCUGCACGGUGGUGCAUUGGUAGCUAACUAUCCGUUUGACGAUUCGCCGAAGGAUUUCGCAUACUCCAGUGGGUACGGUGAUCCACGCACGGUUAAGAACCCGACGGAGGAGAACGAACUGUUCCAGUAUCUGGCACAUGUGUACGCGAAUUCACAUACUACGAUGCAUCUUGGACAUCCAUGUCCGACAUACCUGCGGGAAAAUUUCCCCGAUGGCAUCACGAACGGUGCUGCUUGGUACAGUGUUACCGGUGGCAUGCAAGACUGGUCGUACGUAGUUGGUGGAGCGUACGAGCUGACGCUUGAAGUUGGUUGCGACAAGUUUCCGCCCGCAUCGCAGCUACCCGAAUUUUGGAAGCAAAACCGCGAAGCAUUGCUGCAGUACGUGGAGCAGGCACAGCAUGGCAUCACGGGAUACGUAAGGAGCACGAUCGGCCAUCCGAUCGGACGGGCCAGCGUAAAAGUGAAUCAGAUCGAGCAUGUUACCUAUACAACGGCGAAUGGGGAUUACUACCGAUUGUUGCUACCGGGUCUAUAUAACGUUACCGCCGAGGCGGAGGGUUACGAGCCACAAUCGCUCGAAGUACGCAUCCCACCGGAAGCCGACCGGGCGGUAAUCGUCGACUUUCAGCUGAUGCGUGACGAUCCACAACACUGGUCGUCGGCAUACGACUAUCGCACGCUGGAAAACGUCAUCAAAACGCGCUACCACUCGGACGCGGAACUGAAAACCACAAUGGCCGAAUUCGAGAACAAACACUACACCUCCGUUUCGCUGGAGUUCGGUGGCAAUGAGGUAUCGAUGGCGUAUCCCUCCGUAAAGGUGACCGAUAAUAUUGGAACACCGGAGGAGACAAAACUGCACAUUCUGAUUAUAUCGUCACUGUUCCAAACGGCCGCCAUCGGGCGCGAGAUGGUCAUGAAUUUGGCCCGUCACGUCCUGGCUGGCUAUUUAAUCAAGGAACCGUUGCUGAUCAAAUUGCUCCAAAAUGCUGUGCUGCACUUUGUUCCGGUGAAGAAUGACUUUGACGAGAUCGUGCAACAGUUCCGAACGAACGCAUCCGUUUGCAACCCCACACUGCAUACGGACGAGUUGGCAGAUAAGUUGCUGAACGCGGAAACCGACCAUCAAAAGGAUAUGUUCCUGCGCAUGCUGAAAGAUGAGGAGUACGAUCUGGCCCUAACAUUCGCUGCCGGUGGACACGAUGUAUUCUUCCCGAACACGGACGAUAAGGUUGCGAUCUACUCACGGUUUGCGGAAAAAAUUAAAGGUCACAAGUACAGACAGUCCGCCAGCUCCGACAAAUGCACGGUCGAUGCCGGUCAGCUGCAUCAAGUCGAAGCGACGCAACGCGUUACAAACGCGAUCCACAAGCUGUACGAGGUGCCGCUGUUUACGCUACAGCUCGGCUGCUGCAAGAUGCCGUCCGAGUCGUUGAUUGCGAGCGUAUGGCGCCAGAAUUUGGAGCGCAUGAAGAACUUCCUUCGGCUGAUCGAUACCGGCAUUCGGGGGUACGUGAAGGACAUUCACGGCACUCCGCUGCGGAAAGCAAUCCUGCGCGUGCACGGUAACAAUCUGAUCUACAAGGUAACGCCCAAUCUAGCACACUUCCGCAUCGUUCUGCCGUCCGGCUCGAUGGAGAUCGAAAUCAGCUGUUACAACUACACGUCCCGCAUCUUGCCGGUAACCCUGAGCGACAGUCAGAUACUCGAUCUCGGAGACAUCGUGAUGCAGGAGGCUGCCCGACCACGGGAAAGCAUCGUCGCACCGCCCGUGCCGGUGAUGCCGCAGGCAUUGCCCGAGAAGCAUCGUGAUUUUGGAGUGCUUGAGCCAAGCAAAACGAUGAAAGUGUUCCCGCAGGAUGGUGGAGUGGAGCUUAACGCUGUUGUCAGCGGCAUUGUGCUGGAUGACGCUAAUCAUCCACUGCCGGACGCAAAAGUGUACGUAACGGACGCACACACUCAACAGGUGCUUGCAAAUGGUCGCACCGGACCGGUAGGAAAGUUCCAGUUUGAAUCUCUGUCGGGUACGAAAGACAUUUUGGUACAUGCUGAGCCGUCGGGUUAUGAGCAAGGCGUAAAGAAAAUAAAACAAGGACCGCUAGGCGGUGCCACCGGUAUAGUGUUCCAUCUGGCACGCGACGAACGUGUGCUCGGAAUGCCGCGGUUAGUCUUCGUCAUAUUGGCCGGAUGUGUUUCGGUCGGCAUCAUCGUGGCCGGUAUCAUGUGCUUCAUGUACAUUCAAGCGCGCCGUCGCGACUCGCGCUACUACUACAACUUCUCGCUUUUGCCACAAAAGGGUGAACUGAAUCGGAAACUGUUCGAUGACGACGAAGAAACGGAACUAUUCCGUGCCUCCACGAAAAGUAGGUUGAAACUGCAGCCAUACUACGACGAUGAACGCGAUCCGAUCACCGAUACGGAGGACGACAGCGAGGAGGAAAUUGUGAUGCUAAAUCCUUCCUUCCGUAAUACCAUCAGUCAGUCGUAACCUGGGGGUAGCGUGCCCUCCCUGUCCGACCACCUCCAGUUGAGUGAAACACCAACGGUCAAUUAAUCCUCGUACCUUAGCACAGAAUCACGUUCGUAGAACGUUUGUAGAAUGUAUCGGGAAUAGGAUGCAACCACUUUGCUCUCGUUUACUGAGACGACGCUCGGCGCGUGACAGUCUUGCCUUACAAUCCGUCGCGCUCUUUCUGUUUAAACUCUAUCUAACGUAAAGGGACAUUAACUAGAAUUACUACUAGGACAACGAACGGACCAAUUCGCGUCGCGCACUCGCCGUGCGGCGCUAGUAAACUUUAUCAGUUUUGAUUUGUGAUAAACGGACAACUCAUCCAUCGUGUGCGUGAAAAGGAUCGGUCCCAGUACUGCAUUUGUUUUUUUUUUUUCGGGAAGUUACCACCUUCCUGGCACAAACUACAUUAACAAACAAGAGAAUGCUAAUGUUAAACAAACGAAAGUGAACUUACUACAUUCGCGUACCGUGUGCUGUGAGUAGCAAAAGAGACACAUAGGAUGAGCCCCAAUAAAAAAUAUCGAAAGGAGAUAACAAAUCAUAGCGACAUUCCUUCGGCAGGGUACAUAUUUGUUCUGGUUUAGAUUAAUUUAUUAUUUUUAAGCAAAAAUAACUGAAUAAACGCAUCAUUAGUAUUGUACGAACAGAG